CGGCGGCUCUUCCUUCCCGGACUUCAGCAACAGACGCCAGACAAAAUGAAUGAUCCAGCUAUCAAAAGAAUAGCAACUGAGAUUAUCAAAUCACCUGAGGAUAAACGAGAGUAUCGUGGGCUAGAACUUGCAAAUGGCAUCAAGGCAGUGCUUAUCAGUGACCCCACUACAGACAAGUCUUCAGCUGCACUUGACGUACACAUAGGGUCACUGUCAGAUCCACCUAAUAUUGCGGGAUUAAGUCACUUUUGUGAACAUAUGCUGUUCUUGGGAACAAAAAAGUACCCCAAAGAAAAUGAGUACAGCCAGUUUCUUAGUGAGCACGCAGGGAGUUCAAAUGCUUUUACCAGCGGAGAACACACCAACUAUUACUUUGAUGUGUCCCACGAACAUCUGGAAGGAGCCCUGGACAGGUUUGCACAGUUUUUCCUAUGCCCUCUCUUUGAUGAAAGCUGCAAAGACCGAGAAGUAAACGCUGUUGAUUCUGAGCAUGAGAAGAAUUUAAUGAAUGAUGCCUGGAGACUCUUUCAACUGGAGAAGGCUACUGGAAAUCCCAAUCACCCCUUCAGCAAAUUUGGAACAGGAAACAAGUUCACUUUGGAAACGAGACCAAACCAAGAAGGGGUAGAUGUCAGACAAGAGCUGUUGAAGUUUCACUCCACAUAUUAUUCGUCAAAUUUAAUGGCUGUCUGUGUUCUAGGACGAGAAUCGCUGGAUGAGUUGACCAACUUGAUAAUAAAGCUGUUCUCUGAAGUAGAAAACAAAAAUGUUCCAAUACCAGAAUUCCCUGAACAUCCCUUCCAGGAAGAACAUCUCCGGCAACUUUACAAAGUGGUGCCUAUUAAAGACAUCAGAAAUCUUUAUGUCACGUUUCCUAUACCAGACCUUCAGAAGUACUAUAAGUCAAACCCUGGACAUUAUCUCGGUCACCUUAUUGGACAUGAAGGUCCAGGAAGUCUUUUAUCGGAACUCAAAGCUAAAGGCUGGGUAACUACACUGGAUGGAGGACAAAAAGAAGGUGCUAGAGGUUUCAUGUUUUUCAUAAUUAACGUUGACCUCACUGAAGAAGGACUUCUACACGUGGAUGAUAUUAUUUUGCACAUGUUCCAGUAUAUACAGAAGUUGAGAACAGAAGGACCCCAAGAGUGGGUCUUUCAGGAAUGUAAGGAUCUAAAUGCUGUAGCCUUCCGAUUUAAAGAUAAGGAAAGACCCCGAGGUUACACAUCAAAACUUGCAGGGAUGCUGCACUACUAUCCUAUAGAAGAAGUUCUUGCUGCUGAAUAUUUACUAGAAGAUUUUAGGCCUGAUUUAAUUGAAAUGGUGCUGGAUAAACUGAGACCUGAAAAUGUCCGGGUUGCAGUAGUUUCUAAGUCUUUUGAAGGGAAAACCGAUAGAACGGAACAAUGGUACGGAACCCAAUACAAGCAAGAAGCUAUGACUGAUGAAGUCGUUAAGAAAUGGCAAAAUGCUGACCUUAAUGGGAAAUUCAAGCUCCCACUGAAGAAUGAAUUUAUUCCUACGAACUUUGAGAUUGUGCCACUAGAAAAGGAUGCACCACAGUGCCCUACUCUCAUUAAGGACACUGCUAUGAGCAAGUUGUGGUUCAAGCAAGAUGACAAAUUUUUCCUACCUAAAGCUUGUCUCAACUUUGAAUUUUUCAGUCGCUACCUUUAUGCUGACCCUCUCCAUUGCAACAUGACCUACCUGUUACUCAGGUUAUUGAAGGAUGAUUUAAAAGAGUAUACAUAUGCAGCACGCCUCUCAGGUUUGGCCUAUGCCAUUGCAUCAGGAAUGAAUGCAAUCCUUCUUUCUGUUAAAGGUUACAAUGACAAGCAGCAUAUUUUGCUAAAGAAGAUUAUUGAGAAAAUGGCCACCUUUGAGAUUGAUGAGAAAAGAUUUGAAAUUAUCAAGGAAGCGUACAUGCGAUCACUUAACAACUUUCGAGCUGAACAGCCACACCAGCAUGCCAUGUAUUACCUCCGACUGUUAAUGACAGAAGUUGCCUGGACCAAAGAUGAAUUAAAGGAAGCUUUAGAUGAUGUCACUCUUCCCCGCCUCAAGGCCUUUAUAUCUCAGCUGUUGUCACGGUUACACAUUGAAGCCCUUCUCCAUGGCAAUAUAACAAAACAGGCUGCAUUAGGAAUUAUGCAGAUGGUAGAAGACACUCUCAUUGAGCACGCUCAUACAAAGCCUCUGCUUCCCAGCCAGCUAGUGAGAUACAGAGAAGUACAGCUGCCCGACAGGGGUUGGUUUGUCUAUCAGCAGAGGAACGACGUUCAUAAUAAUUGCGGCAUAGAAAUAUAUUAUCAAACAGAUAUGCAAAGCACCUCGGAGAACAUGUUUCUGGAGCUCUUCUGUCAGAUUAUCUCAGAGCCUUGCUUCAACACCCUGCGCACUAAGGAACAGUUAGGUUACAUUGUGUUCAGUGGUCCACGCAGGGCAAAUGGUAUCCAGGGACUGCGAUUUAUCAUCCAGUCAGAAAAGCCCCCGCACUACUUGGAGAGCAGGGUUGAAGCUUUUUUAAAAACGAUGGAGAAGGGCCUAGAGGAAAUGUCGGAGGAAGCCUUCCAGAAGCACAUCCAGGCCCUAGCCAUUCGCCGCCUUGACAAACCAAAGAAGCUAUCUGCUGAGUGUGACAAAUACUGGGGGGAAAUAAUUUCCCAACAGUACAACUUUGACAGAGAUAACAUUGAAGUGGCGUACCUUAAAACUCUCACUAAGGAUGAUAUCAUGCACUUUUACAAGAGAAUGUUGGCUGUAGAUGCCUCAAGAAGACAUAAAGUAUCCGUACAUGUACUAGCAAGGGAAAUGGACUCCUGCCCAGUGGUGGGAGAAUUUCCAUGCCAAAAUGAUGUCAAUCUGGCACCAGCACCACCACUGCCACAGCCAGACGUGAUUCAAAAUAUGACAGAGUUCAAGCGCAGCCUUCCCCUCUUUCCUCUGGUGAAGCCACAUAUCAAUUUCAUGGCUGCAAAACUGUGAAGACUCUGGGGCGAAGAACUAGAAGUGGAUCAGUGCUUGUGUGACUUCAGUGGGUUUUGAAAUGAACAAACAUCUUCCGAGGACAAACAGUCCCUUCCAUUAUGAGGGUCUCUGAUUCCUUCUAGGUCCAUUCAACAUUAAUGGUGUGGUAGGGAUACAGCAAUUAGGCAAAUAGGCUGUAGACAUGCGUCGUUUUUAUUAUAGAGCCACUCUUGGAAAUCAGAAUCAAGUGGUAUAUUCAAAGGUCCUUGUAGGUGUGGUAUAUUUUACAAUAGUGUGUCCUUUUUAAAGGUUUUGUUUUGCAUAAUGGAAUAUGAAGAAGCUUUCGGAACAAACUGGCGUUACUUAAAAUGUUUUCCUUAUGAGAGGUAAUUAAGAUUAAGCCUUUGGGUAGAUGUUUUAUUCGAUGUGGAGGAACAAAACGUUAUUAAGAGGAACAUGUUGACCUUUUUGCAGGAAAGCUGUUGAAUGAUAUCGUCAAAAAAUUGAUUAUCAGUGAAACCAAACAUCUAGGUUUUGGGUAGAUCAGUGGAAACAAAAGAAUUUGGCAACAAAUGUGGCUAACAGAAGGAGAGUUUGUUAGGUAUAUUGAGAUGGUUUUAAUCUUUAUACACAUUUGAAGACAUUUUAUAUUCAGACUAGUAAAAUGCUGGAAACACUUGAGUAGCCAUCUUUUUCUUAUCAAGAGUAUUAGUUUGAUUGUUUAUAAACCUUUCAUUUUCUCAGGGUUGCCCUAAAAAUGUUUCCUUUCAUCUGCAUAAAUUAAAUAAUUUUGG